AUGUCUCAUUAUCCACCAGUUCGUCCCUGGGCAACUCUUAGCACCAUUGACCGGGAAGACGAGCCACUGAUCCUCUACGAAGAGGAACGCCAGCAAUGGCUUCGACAGCAUCCCCAUGUUGUUCCUCAGACCGCAAAGAGGAGUCGCAACAAGAGUCAACGUGCCUUCGCAGAUAGGGGCCCCAGCAUGGCUGAAGGCUUUCGUGAUAUUGCGGAACGCGGUGCAGCUCGUCGCAAUAGAACUCCUGUGAACAAGAAAGAUGUAUUUACCAAGCCAUUGCCACCAAUUCCUCAACAGGAAGAACCUCAGCUGGCCACCACAAUUGGUCAGGACAGUGUUCUCCAAGGUUCUGGUCCCGAUAUCAACAAGAUGAGCAUUUACUACGUGCUUGACAGAUCCAACAUGCAAGGCCACCACGAAUCCUCAUUUGCUCAAAAAGAAGAUUCUCAGCCUGCUACCGAAGUUGGCCAGAACGCAGUUGUUGAUGGGCCUGUGCAAUCGAGUGAAAAGAUGAAAAUGAAUUUGCUUCUCGAGGAAUGCAAGCUUCAAGGAUUCGACGAUGAGUCUCCAUCCAUUCAACCCAAAGCAUUUGAGCCGGCCCUGCCAUCCUUUCCGCAUCACUACCACAACGCGCCGGCCUCCCACGCUAAUCACUCCUCUGGUUUCCAUCGCUUGAAUCAUGUUGCUCCAUGUGCUGCUCCUGCAUCUGAGGCCCCUUAUGCUCAAGCCAAUUCACGACCUCAUCACGAUGGUUGUAGUCCAACCUCAUGGUACGAAGCCUCACCCACUGGCCAAGAACCCUCUCCGGGUGCUCAGAUUGCAGUGGUACCCAGCAAUACUCCAGUCGCAGAAAUCAAACAAGAAAAUCAAUCCACCGAAGUGGGCGCAACCUUUGAGGAACUGAUUGCUUUGGUCAACCAGGCAAAGGAAAACUAUCGCCUUGCAAGUGAAAAGCAAAACCCAGGAAGUUCAUAUUCUACUUACCGUUUCGCUCCCCCCAAUUCGGCGUCUGUGGAUAUCUACCUUGCGGACCAACGCUCUGAUCCUGGUUUCCAGACUUGUGACUCCUUCAUUCGUAAUGCUGAGUGUCCUUUGUUUGCGGGCCCCAGCAACAUUCGCGAACUGAAAUCCACGACUCCUGUUUGGUCCCCGACUCCUGAUCCUUGCCCCAACCCACGAAUUCCAUAUUCUGCUUACCAUCUCGCUCACCCUAAUUCAAGCCCCUUAUUUGUGAGCCCCGGCACCACCAGCGAAGCUACACCUACAACAUCUGGGUCGUUCUCGUCCCCGUCUCCUGCCCCAUACCCAUGUUUCAAAGGAUGUUGCUAUUGGACUGACGAUGAAACGGAGUCUGAAUCUGAACCUGAAACUAUUGCAUCUGCGGAGCCCCAGUUCCAUCAGGAAUGUUCUGCUUCCAAUGUACCACUGCAAGAGCCACCUAUGUUGCAUUCGUCUACCCCCCAGGCCGCUUCCCUCCAAGCAGAUUUUACUUGGCGUUGGGACACCUUCGACGGGAUUGACACUGGCAUUGUUGUGCCCCUUGAACAAAUGUAUGUUCGGGACUACACUACUCCUGAUUCGCCUCUACAGGAUUCACCUACAUCUCCUGCUCCAGCUCCGCCAUCUCCUGAGCGUCGUCCAAAUGGUCUCCCUAGACUUUCCAAUACCGGUGUGCCUCGGGUUGGAAUCUAUCCAUCUGAUAUCCCCCACGAUCCCCGGCUUACGCAGGUUAAUUUCCACCCAGACUACAUUUCAUCCCCUGCCAGCUAUCCAAGACGUUUGAGCGAGGAGAGAACCAACAUGGACAAUGACGAGCAUUCUCUUGUCCCACAGCAAUUGAACGUGACUAAGAACCCCACAUUCACCAUGGAUGUCCCCAUCCACGACGUUUCCCAGCAUCAGACAGCCAUCCACGUUUCUGAGUCUACCAAUGGUGAAUAUAGCCGCGCAGCUUCCUUCGUCAAUAAUGACUCCAACUUCAAGAACACCUCCGGCAACGCAACUCCGAGUCGUAUCACCGAAAGUCCCGAUACCUACAGUUCUUCGGGCUCCGAAGGUCCUCGUGGCAAGCGCAAGCGAUUUACCAAGAACCUCUUUGGUAACAACGGAUACCUUGAAGACAACGAGGGGCCACGCAACAAGAGAUUCCGCUAUCUGAGGAGGGCCGUCAAAAAGGGACAUUCAGCCGUCAAGGGAAUGUUUUGGGAUGGGGAUCGAGCUUUAAUCAGCUCAUCCAAGCCCAGCAUCGUCACCGAGAAUACUGCCUCCAUUACUCUGAACACCGAUGUGCAGUCAAUCCUGUACGCCGAGAUUGAGAACAUGAUCACCCAAGCAGCCAACGAAUUCCUGAUGAGGGAGUAUUACGAAGGCCACCUUACCACUAGUUCUCUCAGCAAGGUGAAGAAAAGAUGGGAGAAGAAGAACAUGCCUGGUGUUCCUCAAUUCCGCUUCGACCAAUUUACCCAGUACAAGCUGAUCAGCGCAAACCGCAAUCAUCUCCAGUUUGGCAACACCAGCAACAACCUUGGUCGGACCACCGUUCUGAGAAACUGGAAGAAGAUCUGCAAGCACAUGAGCAUCCGCACCUUUGUGGCCCCCGAUUCGGUUGUCAAGAAGGACAUCCACGAUAUCCUGGAUGUCUUGCAGCUUUUGAAGGCUGACGAAUGCCACAUUGAGCUCAUUAUGGCCCUCAAUGCGCAUGUUCAUGGAGAGCUGGAGAAGCAUGAGAUGAUGCAGCACUACCGAAACACUCAGAACUCUGGGAACUCUCGCUCUUAA